GGCUACGCCCAAUUGACGCAAGGAUUGGUGAGAUUGCUUCUGUUCUUUAAGGGGAGGACUUAUGUCAAUUGGCUAGAAUUGGGGAGGUGAGCCCUGAUUGCUCCGUAUUUCUCUCGCACCGGCGCACCAAGGGAAGUCGAAGCUCCGCUAGUAAGAGCGUGCGUGCCAUUGCGCGUGCUCACUAUCGGGGUUACGCUGAACUGAGGGGUGGUCAUGGCGGCACAGUGCUCGGGUUUGGUGCGACGGACUCUCCCAGCCAUAGCCCUCUCCCUCCGAACCUCUUCUAGACGGCUCUGUACAGCAACAAAACAGAAAAAUAAUGGCCAGAACUUAGAAGAGGAUUCUAGUCAAAAUGAACAGAAGAUAGACAGUACCGCUACAGAGAAGACAUUAAUUGAAGAAAAGGUCAAAUUAGAAGAACAGCUGAAAGAAACUUUGGAGAAAUAUAAGCGAGCCUUAGCAGAUACAGAGAACUUGAGGCAACGGAGCCAAAAAUUGGUAGAAGAGGCAAAAUUAUAUGGUAUUCAAGGUUUCUGUAAGGAUUUACUAGAAGUUGCUGACAUUUUGGAAAAGGCUACAGAAAGUGUCCCAAAAGAUGAAAUAAAGGAAGAAAAUCCUCAUUUGAAGAACCUAUAUGAGGGUCUUGUUAUGACUGAAGUCCAGAUUCAAAAAGUGUUCAAAAAACAUGGUUUGCUCAAAUUAAAUCCUCUUGGUGACAAAUUUGAUCCCUAUGAACAUGAAGCUUUGUUCCAUACUCCAAUAGAGGGGAAGGAGCCUGGCACUGUUGCACUAGUAAACAAAGUUGGGUAUAAGCUACACGGGCGAACCUUGAGACCUGCUUUGGUGGGUGUUGUUAAAGAACCGUAACAACCUAACUCAUUUCUUCCCCUCCACUCAAAUGCCAUUCAGCUAUUAAACGGAUACUUUCUCCUUCACUUGUCACAUUUCCCCCACCCUUCGUGGAAGACUUAAAGUAACCAGUGGCUCAACAGAAAAUUCAGCCAGUCUCAAAGUUGCAUUAUUUAAUGAACUGAAUAAUUCGGAAGGUCUGCAAAUUGAUUUUAGUAUUGGAUACUUAAAGAACAGAGCCUCUGAGGCACUAUUGUAUAUGUAUAGUAUCUUGAAUAAUGUUUUAUCUCUUAAAAACCCUGGCUACUUAAAAGCUGUGUUGAAAGAAUAAAAUGUCUCCAGGAAUUCUACAAUGUGAUUGUCCAGAAAGAUUUAUGGGUUUGGUUUUUUUUGUUUUUGUUUUUUACUGUUUCUCCUCCUGGAGUUUUUUCUUUUCUACUAUGAAAAAAGUUAUGAGAAAAGCUCUUUGAAAUUUACAAAAAGUUUUCCUUGGGAUACAUUGGUAUGUAUACAGUGCUGUUUAUUCUGAACCAUUAUGUGAACUUCAAAAAAGGAAUUAUUUAAACAGUAUCCAGGUACUAUAUAUAAUCCAGUGACCACUACUAUUUUCCCCAAGAUUUGGAUUUUAUUUCAGUUUAGUAGUCCUUUUCAUUUUUACUGCUAUCAUUUUCUGUUAAGUAAUUUGAUUUGGCCCUCAAAAUCUGGGGAAAUGGUUGCAGCUUUUUGGAGUGUUAUUUUUUAAAGUAGUAUGUUGAAAUCAGUGUCUGAAAUAGUCUCAACAAAUGUAUUUAAUUUUACAUUCCUUAGUAAGCUCUGCUUUCCCAGAGUUGAACCAAGUGCUGGAUGUGCUUUUUAAAACAUUGUUUGGAUUUAUUAUUUAAAAGAAUUAAAGCCCUAACUUGUGCUAA